AUGGACGCCAAGCCUCAACGUCCUCUAAGGAGUCUUCGCAUCCGCGACGAGAACGCGCAACCACAGCUUCCUGCUGGCAAGACCAUCCAUCAGCGCAACAAGUCUACACCGGCGCUUUCCACCCUGGUCAACGUCGCAGCCAUGAAGGCACAAGGAGCCAAGCGCACCGUAUUCGCCGAUGUCAGCAAUGUAACACGAGCAGUAGCCAAGGACGACAUCCAGGUCGGCAAAUCAAAGCAGCUUGUCAUCAAAGACACGGCCAUUGUCUCUGCAAAGGAACUCGCCAAGCCGAACGCGUUGCUGCGACCAGCUCAACGCCCGUUGAACACGAAGACCAACGGCACUGCUGCUUCAGAACCUGCAGCUCCCCCCGUAACCAAGCCCGUAAUCGAACCCACACAAACCCGCAAGGCCUUGCUGAAGAAGGCCACCACUGUGUUCCGCGAAACACACGCAGACCCAGCCCCCGAGGUUGCUACAACCAAACCUGCUGCCGAGCUUCUCCACGACAAUGUUCGCGUCGAACAGGCCCCUGUCCAGCCAGUCACAAAGGAGACAACACGGAGGCAACACGACAGCGUGCCUGUUGAACACCAGAGACUUGUUGAGGCGUCAACGACCGAGACGCGACACGCUCAUGCUCACGUUGAGAUCCAAGAGAGGUUCGAGUAUGUUGAUGCUCUGGAGGAGCGAGCCCUUGUCAUGGAGAAGGAGCGCAACGACGAGCUUGCCAAGUUGCACGUCCCCAACGAGGAAGAGUACUGGGAUGAGGACGAUGAAGAAUACUUUGAAGCCGACGGCUAUACCACCGCAAGGUCUAUCCGGUCCCGUGGCGACAAUACAACGGGAGGCGUUACCCUUGUUCUGGCUCCUCGCGUCACGACCAAAUCCAAGCGCGAAUUGGAAGCCGCAAGGCUGUUCGUUGAAGCCAACAAGACACAAGAAGACGUUGAAGAUGAGCAAUGGGAUACGUCCAUGGUCGCCGAAUAUGGUGACGAGAUCUUCGAGUACAUGCACUCUCUAGAGGAGCGCAUGAAGCCGAAUGCUCAGUAUAUGGACCUCCAAGCUGAGAUUCAGUGGUCAAUGCGCUCAGUACUCAUGGACUGGCUGGUGCAAGUCCACAACCGCUUCACCCUUCUUCCAGAGACUUUGUUCCUCAGCGUCAACUACGUCGACCGCUUCCUGUCGGCCAAAGUUGUCUCUCUCGGCAAGCUCCAAUUAGUUGGCGCGACCGCACUUUUCCUUGCCGCCAAGUAUGAAGAGAUCAACUGCCCUUCGGUACAAGAGAUUGUGUACAUGGUCGAUGGUGCCUACACCAUUGACGAAGUUCUCAAGGCGGAGCGUUUUAUGCUCAGUAUGCUUCAGUUUGAGCUCGGCUGGCCGGGGCCUAUGAGCUUCCUCCGACGCGUCAGCAAGGCUGAUGACUAUGAUGUUGAAACGCGCACCCUUGCCAAAUACUUCCUCGAGAUCACCAUCAUGGAUGAGCGCUUCGUCGGAUGCACACCGAGCUUCCUUGCCGCUGGCGCUCACUGCCUGGCCCGCUUCAUGCUGAAGAAGGGUGACUGGUCGCAAGCUCACGUCCAUUAUUCCGGAUAUACCUUACAGCAGCUUCGCUCGUUGUUGUCUGUCAUGCUCGAGUGCUGCGAGGCCCCGCAGAAGCAUCACGCUGCUGUCUACGACAAGUACACCGAUAAGCGUUACAAACGCGCCUCUAUCUUUGUUGAGACAGAACUCAACAAGGGCUUCCAGCUCCCUUUCGUGUCUAGGGAUAGCCUUGUCGGCCACAGCCAGAACUGGAGGCGAAAGUGA